UUGAGAGAACCUAGGAGGUCUGCUGUCGAGCGGUGGGUGGCUCGCAAGGUCGUAGGGUCUGGGAAUGUUAGUGAUAGACCUGGCAUGCAUUCAAUGUCGUCCGAGGUUGAUGAUGUCAUCAUGAGCAUGCCUUUUCCAAGGUCCGAGGUUCUCUCUCCCACGCGGCAGAAGGAUAAGGCGGCUGUUUCUUUGGUUGACCCGGGUCUGGGUUUCGUGGACCCGCUGGAGAAGGAUAUUGGGCUGAGAGUUGAGGAGGGCCCAGUUGAUUGCUUCAAAGGUUCUGGAUCCGGUUCGGAUCCAGUAUUGGAAUGCGACUGGGGUGCUAAUUUGGGCCGGUCCAUAUGUUCUGAAGUUGAUGGGGACCAUUUUGUACUACCCAAGGGUUCUUUGUUGGGGGAUAGUGGGCCGGGGUUUGGGCCCCCAAUGAAAGGUGAAGGUCCACAUGUGGAGGGGGUGGAUGGAUCUAAGGAUGACUUACUGAUUGAAGGGGUCUUACCCGAUUCUAAACAUUCUGGUGGACCGAACAUUGAAGGGGUGGAGGCCCAAAUUUCUUUGGGUGAUUCAGGACUCUUAUUGGAGGGAGUGGAUGUUCUGGACAGCAAUGCUAAACCUAAUACUGCUCCUCCGAUGGGCUUUGAGUGGCAUUUCCUUGCAAACAUUUGGGUUCUGGAUCCUAUAAUUGCCCCCAAGAAUGCUAAUCUGGGGGUGGGGGUGGGUGACUCCUAUGCCUCCGAGACAGAAGACCGGGAUGAUGAGUUUGCCUCUGACGAUUCUAUCUACGAAUUUGAAAGAUCGAUCAAGGAAUUGUUGCCAGGAAUGAAGGAAGGAAGCUCGUCACCGACUAAUCAUGCACCAAAAGGGGUUAGGAAGAGUGAUCGUCCCAAGAAACCAUCGUCCAGAUGGACCGAGGAGGCGGGAUAUGUAGCGGAGCCUCCUAGAUCGACCAAGAAGAAAGUCACGCGCGACGAUGCCUCUGAAGCUCCAAUUGAUUUGAGGGUGAAGAUGGAGGACCAUAUUGCUACCAUCAAGCGGAGUUUAGAUUUCGCAGGACCUCGUUCUGUUGGGGAGGAGGCUACCCCUAUGAAUGAGGUGGAUCAGGCUAGUGGGGAGGAAUAGUUUUUUUGUUCUGAAUGGGUCAGGAGGAGACCCGUUGUUCCUCCUUUUUCUUUUGCUGUUUUGCUGUCGUGGUUCUGUUUUUGUUUCCACAGCUAGUGGAAGGGCUGCUGUAUUUGUUUAC